AUGCCACCGAAGCCACGGAAAGAACUUGAUUCUAAGCGACUACAAAACUCGCUUCGAGCGAAUAUUUUGAGCUUGGUAAGUUUGUACCUUUUUACUGUUUGUGUACAGAAAUGUUUCGCAACACGAAUAUAUUAUAAAUUAUACUCUCAAAUAAAGCAUAAACAUUCGCUAUUUUAUGUCUGUUAGAUUAAACGAAACCAUCGAGCAGUCGCGUGUCGCGCAACGUGGAGAGUCCACAAAGAUGAUGUUGAACUUGCGAUGCUGCAGAUCACUUCUAAAAGGAUGCUGCUAAACGAUGCCAUCAAUUCCAUCGAUGGAGUAAUUUUUUUCUUCUCGUGCAUUUCGAGCGUCUGCUCAAAUCCCAACGUGAAGCAAACGAGAAGUGACCAGAACAGUCAAGAAGCAGAAACCGACACGUACCCUUGCGUCGCCUUCUUCGUCGUCUAUGAGCCGAGCGAGAAGUGUAGCGACAACACGUUUUUCGCAGCCUUACACAACCAUGAUGUGGAACCAACAAUAACUCCUAUCAGGGUGAGAAACCAUGGUAACCAGGAAAUGGAAACGGCAGCUCGACAGCUAUUCCAAGUGGUAAAGGAUCAUAACAAUCAGUCGAUACAGGACAUGAUCGAUGUUUCCAACACCUACUGCUAUCGGAACGCAUCAGUUGAAUCAAGCGAAGCGGAAAGCGAAGAUGAAGAAGAGUACGAGGAGUUCCAUCCGAAACAUUUUCCAACCGUUCCUUGUUGCUUUGUGAUUGUAAAUCACGGUGGAUUCCUGCAAGCAUUCGACAGCGCCAUAAAAAAACUCGAGUCGGACGGUCUUGUGGUGGAAACAACGUUGGACACAGAGUUGGAGACAGUCGCACCUGGUACAUGUUCAAACGACGUCAUAUCCACAAUCCGAAAAAUCGAACGCGUCAUGGAAAUGUCUAAGCACGCCUUGUAUCGUGGUAUUAUUUAUUACAAGCCAAAUGGAGCCCAGCUGACGUACGUGAAACUGAUGGAUAUUUCAAGUUAUCUCAACAAGCUCCUUGCGAACCAAGCCAUCAACAAAGAUCUCCUGAAACACUUCAGCACUGUCGAAAGAAUUUUGUCCCACCCAGCAUGCGAGAUUGUGGAACAGAUCAAAUUCGAUUUCAAUCUCAUAGAAGUGUCAAACGGAUUUUGCUUUGUUAUCUCCCUCCGAAGCUUCGUACACAAUCCCAUUGGAGAAUCGCGAAUUGGCAAGCUGUCGCCUCGAGCUUACGUUCCUUACGACUGUUACGCCACACCUGAACCUCGGUACUUUCGUGAAGGUGUGUACAACUCCUUCCCCGACAACGAAGUGCGUUUGAAUUUUCUCAACAAAUUCUUUCAGUGUCUACUGGCAUUCAAAAUGCCACAGAAGUCAAGGAAAUUGGUAGUGGCAGGACCCCGAGAUUCAGGCAAGACCUCGUGGGCGAAUAUCUUUCACCGAAUAAUCCCCCCGGAAUAUAUUGCUUCGAUCACCAACGAGCGGCAAUUUUCGGCAUCCAUGAUCAACGAUGACACGCAACUAGUUAUCAUAGACGAAUGGUGUGGAACCAGGAUGAAUUCUGAACUUGCGAAGACGAUCCUGCAAGGUGGCUGGAUGGUAACUGCCGUCAAGCAUGGUCAACCGAGAUGUGUGAACUCCUUCAGCCCAUUCUACAUAACAACGAACAGCGUCCCCGAUUUCGGAGCUGAAGACGACAACGUGCGGCGAAGGAUUCAAAUUUACCAAACCUCGUCCCUUCCCGCAACAAUGUUUGGAAUUGACAAAUGGCUAUUCGACAAUUCAAUGCACUGCAUCUCGUGGAUUGCUGACCAGAUAAAUCGAAAUCGAAGUCUGAUCGCUCCAGAAGAGCUGUGGUACGAAGAGUGUAGCAGCCACAGCAGUCUCGUACCUUCGCUCAUUUCCGAUGCUCAGUGGACAAGGAGCGACAUCGUCCAAAUUACCGAGGCAGAUCUUGAGCCUGCACAAAAUCCCAACAGAGAACCGAAUGACGAAACCGUAAUACAUCCUGGGUUCGUAGCUGAAUUUAAAAGCAGACGUCUGGCUAGAAAACGUCAGCGUAGCCGCCAAUUGUUCGUGGGAGACACUUCCUCUGACGAUGACUCGCUUUCCAAUGUUGAGUUAGUUGACCAGGAUAUUGAGAACAUGGCUGAGGCAUCAACACCAUCACCUAAAGAUCUGCAAGUAUCUCAAAUCGAAGCAGUCCAACCAUCUAGCGAAAAUGACAACACCACCGCUGCACUCCCAAGUUCUGAAAUAGAGCAUCAAAUAUCCGAAGUCCAACCAGUCGAGGCAUCCGACGAGAAUGAGAACAACCCCGCUGCAAUCCCAACUUCUCCAAUCCAACAUCAAAUAUCCGAAGUCCAACCAGUCGAGGCAUCCAACGAGAAUGAGAACACCACCGCUGCACUCCCAAUUUCUCCAACAGAGCAACCAUCAACACGAGCACCACAAGAUCUUCCAAUGGCACCAGUUGCUGACGUGAGCACAGAAACAGCCGAUCCACCAAUCCAACCUCCGGCAACAAUCAUAAACCAGCAACCAUCAACAUCUCAUGAAGGGUCCCAACCACCUGACGACACUCCAGAACGUUGGCAAUUAAACAGUAUAACAUACAUGACGAAGGUUGCCAAUCUCAUCAAAUACCAAUUCUAUAAAAAUCUCCAGAAGGGUCAUGUUCAUUCAUUUCUUGAACGUUGGCGGCAGGCGAAAUUGAAACGCGAUUUCCACGAAAUCGCAUUCUGGACGAAACCCGAUCCCGAAAUCGACGCGUGGAUGCUGGCAACAGGCAGACUCCGAGAAGUGUUCAACCUAGACACGUUCGUGGAGCAACAUCCAGACAUCGUUCCCCACCUGGAACAACUGAGAAAAACUUUGAACGUGAGGGUUUUAACAAGUCGUUGUCCUGUGGUUGAAGCGUUGAGGAAAAGAGAAAAUCCUGAUGAGCAACGAACAGAUGACGCUCCUCAACUGUCCUCCCAAACGUUUUGGACCACUAUUAAAAAAUGGUGGCGUUAA